GGGGAUUGAACCGUGACCUAGACAGAAGGAUGCCACGGAGAAAGAAAAAAGUUAAAGAAGCGUCUGAAGCUCAGAACUUGGAGAAGAAAGAUGCAGAAACUUCCAGUCCUGUCAAUGUGAGGAGGAAGCGUAAACUGGAGGAUGCAUUCAUUGUGAUAUCUGAUAGUGAUGGAGAGGAACCACAGGAGGAAAAUGGAUUGGAGAAGAUGAAGACAAAACAGUUGAAUAGAGCAAAGUGUUUGGCUAAAAGAAAAAUUGCACAAAUGACAGAAGAAGAACAGUUUGCUCUAGCUCUCAAAAUGAGUGAGCAGGAAGCUAGAGAAGUGAACAGCCAGGAGGAGGAAGAAGAAGAGCUCUUGAGGAAAGCCAUUGCAGAAAGCCUAAAUAGUUGCCGGCCUUCUGAUGCUUCUGCUACCAGAUCUCGAGCUCUGGCCAUUGGACCAUCUUCACAAUCCCAGCAAGAGAAAACCACAGACUCUGGGACCACUGAAGGCAUAUGGCAGCUGGUACCUCCAUCACUGUUUAAAGGCUCACAUAUCAGUCAGGGAAACGAGGCUGAGAAAAGAGAGGAGCCUUGGGACCACACUGAAAACACUGAAGAGGAGCCGGUCUCUGGCAGCUCAGGAAGCUGGGACCAGUCAAGCCAGCCAGUGGUUGAGAAUGAGAACGUUAAAUGUUUUGACAGAUGCACUGGCCACUUGGCUGAGCACACACAGUGUGGGAAGCCACAGGAAAGUACUGGGAGAGAAUGUGAUUUUCACGAAGCUGCCCAGGGUAGGGGGGACACAUCUAGGCACUUUCUGCCUGCCUCAGCAGAUGCCAAAGGUAUCCAGAACAGUGGGGGCACUGUGCACUACUUCUGGGGUAUUCCAUUUUGCCCAGCUGGAAUAGACCCUAACCAGUAUACCAAGGUCAUUCUCUGCCAGUUGGAGGUUUAUCAAAAGAGCCUGAAAAUGGCUCAGAGGCAGCUCUUUAAAAAAAAAGGAUUUGGGGAACCAGUGUUACCUAGACCUCCUUCUCUGAUCCAGAAUGAAUGUGGCCAAGGAAAUCAGGCUAGUGAAAAAAAUGAAGGCAUCUCAGAAGAUAUGGCAGAUGAAGACAAAGAGGAGGAGAGGCAAGAGUCUAGGGCAUCUGUCUGGCACUCAGAAACCAAGGAUUUCCAAGAAAGUCCAAUUAAAAGCUUGAAAGAGAAACUUUUGUUGAAGGAAGAACCAGCAACCAGUCAUGGUCAGUCUUCCCAAGGUCUAUUUGCUGAGGAAACUUCUGAAGAAGGAAACUCUGACCCUGCGUCACAAAGCAUUGCUGCUUUGACCAGUAAGAGAAGCUUAGUCCUUAUGCCAGAGAGUUCUGCAGAGGAAAUUACUGUGUGUCCUGAGACACAGCUAAGUUCCCCAGAAACUUUUGAUGUUGAAAGAGAAGUCUCUCCAGGUAGCAGAGAGACCCGGGAUGAAGUAACAAUAAUAAUGGCAGAUAAGGAGGUUGGUAACAGGGAAGAUGCUGAGAAGGAAAUACCUUCUUCUACUUUCUCAUCCAGUACCAAGGUAUCCUGCCCACUAUGUGACAAAGGCUUCCCACCCACAAAGAUUGAGCGACAUGCCAUGUACUGUAAUGGGCUGGUGGGGCAAGAUAUAGGUUUUUCCAGUAGACUGGAAGCAACAAGGAGGAGGAAGAGGAUAUCUACCCCAACUCCAGGAGAGGCAGCCUGCUCUUAUAGAAGAACAUAUGCUUCUUUUAAGUCAGACUUGUAUUGGGGUUUGUUGUUGUUUUGGCUUUGUGAUCUCGAUCAGGUAUUUAAUAUUUCAUCAUCUAUAAAAUACAGAUAAUGACAUAUGCCUUGUAGGAUUUUGUUCUAAGGAUUGAGAUUAGUUUUAUAAAGUCUCUGGUACAGAGCAGGUCCUCAAAAACAAGAGCUCUUUUUCCCCCCUUGAAUCCAUUGCUAUGAUUUAAUUGGCAAAUAUUUAUUAGUGUCUAAUAUGUGCUAGAUUUUGCUGAGGAUGCUGAAGAGAUCAAAGCAAAACUCAGAAUCUCUAAAUUCAGAAAGUUGCAUGAUGUAGAAAGGAGACUGACAUACAAACAAAUAACAACAAAAAUGUGCUAAGUGCAAUAGUGGUAUCUAUAAAGUGCUAGAAGCAAUUAAUUUUUUUUCCAGCCCUGUCUGUGGAGUGGUUUCCAAGUAUUUCUUUUGGAAAAAAUACUUGGUAGUCAAGAUGGGGGAACAAAUGGAAAGAGAGAGAGAAAAAACAACCCUUAAAAGUUUCUGUAAUCUGUGAGGUGCCAACCUUUUAAGAUUUGAUUUUAGCAGUGCCCUUGAUAAAAUCUCUCAUGAAGUCCUUGUAUAUAAGAUGGAGAAAUGUGGGCUGGCUGAUAGAGUAGUAGGAGGAUUUGAAGGCUAUACAACUAUGUCCAGGAUAUUUUUCUCCUGCAGUACUUCCAAUCUCUGGGUUGGAAGGAACCUUAGAAAUAGAUUACCUACUUUCUCUGUACUCUGCUCUCUUUUUCUCCCUUUUAAUUUUUAAUUCAACAGUACAGAAAGUAUAUGGUAAAAAAACAUACCAUCUUCCUAAUUCAGUCCUCAAGUGUCACUGUCAUCCUCCCCAGAGACAAACACUAUUAAUAGUUACUUGUGUGUAUCAUCUUGUUUUAUUCAUCUCUCUUUAUACUUGGUGUUAUAGUUAUUUGAGUGUAUAUGUUGUCUCCCUUAAUACAUUGUAAGCUCCUUAGGGCAAGAACCCCAUCUCAUAAUUUCUUAUAUCUCCCCAAAUUACUCACAUAUUGAAGAUUCUCUGUAAAUAUGGAUGAAGAUGCUUUCAUAUAUGCAGAUGACACAAAACUGGAAAAGAGAGCUAAUAACAUUAGAUGACAGGAUCAAUAUUGCAGAUGAACUUGACAGACUGCAAUGUUCGCCUGAAAAGAACAUAGACAUUCCUGGAUGGUGUGGCUCAGUUGUUCAGGCAUUGUCCCAUGCACUAGAAGGUUGCCGGUUCAAUUCCUAGUCAAGGGCACCUGCCCAGUUAGGGAGCAUUCAGGAGACUGUCCAUAAAUGUUCCUAGUAUACUCUCACAUUUUCGAUGUUUCUUUUUCUCUCUCCCUCUCCUUUCCUCUCUCUCUAAAAAUCAGUAAACUAUUACCAAA